AUGGAGCUCGCCGAGCGCAAGCGGCCGGCGGAUGGAGAUGGGAACAGGCACUCCAAGCGCCGCAGGCUGGGGCAAGCCUCCAUCCUCUGCAUGCGGGAGCUCUUUCGGACAGUUGUCAAUGACGGGGACAUCUCGGAGGACAACCGCAUCCUGCUGCAGAACGCGGGGGUGUUGCUGUCCCAGGUGGACGGGCAGACCUGGGUGAGCUUUCCAGACACCCAGGGCGAGCUUAAGGAGCUGACACCUCAACAGCUACGGCACUUGCGGCCCUUCCUUGACCAGGUGGCUGAGGAGCUGAAGAAGCAUGAGGUGCAGGUCUUCUCUGAGAGCGCAGGUUCCGACUUCGAUUGCCUCGAGCUCGCGCAAGUGCCCUGGGCGGAUGGAAUCACCGCCAGGGAGCUCAUUGCCUGCUGCAGCCCGGAUGAGGAGCUACACUUGACUUCGAAGUGGCUCGAGGUGGCUUUGCGGAUCCUGCCCUCCAAGUACAUGCUGAAGAGCCGGGUCCGCGAGCUGAUCAACUACCACUACCUCCGCAGCUUUUCGCCCAAGGCAAGCACAGCGCCCGACGCCAGCCCACUGCAGCGCCUAGCGAAGGCGCCUGGCUGCGGCGCGUUGCGCCGCGCCUGCGGCACUGUGGCAACCUGCGGGAGAUGCAGCUGCCGUGCCGGCCGGGUCGUGGCCAGUAGCUUCUCCACUGCCGUGGCGGGCGCUGUGGUGUGCUUUGCGGCACUGCUGGCGGCGGCGCUCGGGCAGCUGAUGCGGCUCUUGCCCUUCCGAGACGACCCAGCGUGGCCCUUGGCGAGGCUCUUUUUUGCAGUCCUGCUGCAAGGUCAGAUUCGCAAGUUCCUGGAGCUGAUUGUGCUCAUCGCGCGUCUGCGAUGUGUUAUCCUUUGCUUGGCCCGCUCCAGCGAGUUCUUUGGCUUCCUGUUCUUCCCUUUCGUGGUGAUCGCGAAGAAGGUCUUGGGCUGGAACGAGGGCAGCUGGCUGCUGGGCUGCUCCUGCGAGUCCAGCAGGCCGAGUUUGCUCUCUUGGUGCCCUGUGCGGGCCGCCGAAGGCCUGCUGGUCUGCCUCAAGGCUGUCCAGUACGUGCCGACCAUGCCUGGGCUGGGCUUUCUGAGCAUCAUCGUAGAUCCGGUGGUGAACGCCUUGGACUUCAUUGAGCCUGCCGUGGUCUUCAUUAGCGACUUGAUCUUCUCGGUUGGCUUCGCAGAAGGACUGGCCUCCAUCGUGAGGAGUGUGGACACCAAGGCCCAUCACAAGUUGGUGUGGAUGUCCAUGAACGUGGGCCGAGUGCUGCGAGAGGGGCCGAGAACCCCAACAGCGGAUGCGACGCCGGUCGCAGUGCCCGAGGUGCAGGCAGACUCUUCGCUGCCCGCCUGGCGCGAAGAUGGUACUUGGAAUUUGUUCGAUGGAGCGGGGUAA